AUGGGUGACUAUGAAGGUGCUUUGUCAAAGUAUGAGGAAGCUCUUGCGAUUGAAGAAUCAGCAUUGGCCAAGAAUCAUAUCUCAGUGGCAACCACCUACAACAAUAUAGGUGCUGUUCUGGAUGAUAUGGGUGACUAUGAAGGUGCUUUAUCAAAGUAUGAGGAACUGCUUGCCAUUAGACCGUCAGCAUUGGGCAUUAGACUGUCUGUGGUGGGAAUGAAUCAUCCUGAUACAGCAUAG